UAGGGUUUCGAUCCAUCUCGUCUUUUGGUGCGUGGGAAGUGUGGGUGCGAUCUCUUAUUUUUGAGGGAAAGAGAAAAGUUGUGAGCUUUUUCGAAGAAGCGAAGGCGGAGACAUGGAAUCCCAGACGCACGGCGAAGAGGACCGACGGCGGAAGACUGACCUAGGAGCAGGAGGGGGAGGAGGAGCUGUCCCGACGCCCGCGGUCAUACCGGUCCACCGAUUCAUCGUCCCCAAACCAGAGCCGAUGGAGAUGUUGGGGAUGAGGGCAUUCCAGAUAAUGCGGAGGCCAGCGAGCCGAACCAAGGAUCGGCACACGAAGGUGGAAGGCCGAGGAAGGAGGAUCCGAAUGCCGGCGGCGUGCGCCGCCCGCAUCUUCCAGCUCACGCGUGAGCUUGGCCAUAAGUCGGAUGGCGAGACCAUACAGUGGCUUCUGGAGCACGCCGAACCAGCGAUAAUUGCCGCCACAGGCACCGGGACCGUCCCCGCCAUCGCUACUAACAUCGGCGGUACCCUCAAGAUUCCCACCGAGGCCCCGACAUCCGCUCCGGUAACCUCCACAUCCACCCCCUCGGCCGUGGACGACGCAGCGUCGGCUGACGAUGAAGGAGCGGGCAAGAAACGGAGGAAGAAGCUCCAGCCGUCGCGGACAGGCGGCGGCACAGUGAUCGCCGGUUACUACCCCGUCCAAGACCCUUUACUUCCGGUGGGGGGUGCGAUCUCCAUAUCCUCGGGCCUGGCGCCGACCGCGGGAGGGGCGCAGGGAAUGGUCCCUGUGUGGGCGCUCGGAGGCGGCGCAGCUGCGGCUAGCGUAAUACCGCCGGGGGCGCUGUGGGUGCUGCCGCCGCCGUCCGCCACGGCGGGCACGUCGAGCCAGUCCCAGGCUUGGACGUUUCCUCAGGCGCCCCAAAUCGUCAAUCUUGCGACGUCCCGACCGAUCUCCACCGACGCGCUGUUCUCCGGCGGAGCACACGGCGUCAACGUUGCCACCACGGCAGGAGGGAAGCAUGAGCUGCAACUGAUGUCUGCUUCCGGUGAGCCACUACGCGGUCAAGCACAUGAGCUAGACGUGGACGACGAAGACGAGGAGAUCGAAGAGGACAGCAGCGAAGAAGAUUAAAAUUGGAUGUAGGAUUUUACGAGGAGAGGGCUUCUUCUCCCUCCUCUACUUUUUCCGUACUUUUUUUUUUUUUCUUUUCUUUUCCAUCUCUUGUUCCCUCAUGUUUCUACCUCCUCGUCCCCAUUUGUUGCUGGUACUUGAUGUAUCGUUCCAUUCAGUUGCAUAACAAAGCACAGUCGCCUGCAGCCA